UUUGGUACCUCCAUUGCCAAUUGUUCUAAAACGUGAAGCUAGGGCCGAACUCCUUUUUGGCGUUCGUUUAAAUAAUUCGUGUUCCUUCCACUGUCACUCUAACUAUCUCUUCUGCGUCGUUUGGAGCUCAUUGCCAUUCUCGUACUAGAGUUCUACAAGUAGGUCUUGGAGGAUAGUACGUGGAUGAACAUUUAUAUUUUAUUUUUUUUGCACUAACGUGCACCGUUCUCUCGAAGUUUCAUUAUUGAUCCAUAGGACAAGCCUUAUUUGACUCCCAUCUAGUGGCUGAAAUCAAGAUAUGGAUUCCUCCACAGUGCUAUUUAACCAACUGAAGGAAGCAAAUCCAUUUUUCUUACUAGCUGGCCCCAAUGUGAUUGAAUCUGAGGAGCACAUUCUACGAAUGGCCAAAAAUAUAAAGAAUAUUACCUCCAAAAUCGGCCUGCAGCUGGUGUUCAAGUCAAGCUUUGACAAAGCAAACCGUACUUCAUCCAAGUCAUUUCGUGGUCCUGGUAUGGAUGAAGGCUUGAAGAUCCUUGAAAAGGCCAAAAUGGCAUAUGAUAUCCCAAUAGUGACUGAUGUUCAUGAGGCUAGCCAGUGUGAACCUGUUGGCAGAGUUGCAGAUAUUAUUCAGAUCCCUGCUUUCCUAUGCCGUCAGACAGAUCUCCUAGUUGCAGCUGCCAAGACCGGAAAGAUUAUCAAUAUCAAGAAAGGUCAAUUUUGUGCUCCUUCAGUGAUGGCAAAUUCUGCUGAAAAAGUUAGAUUGGCUGGGAACCAGAAUGUCAUGGUUUGUGAGCGAGGAACGAUGUUUGGCUAUAAUGAUUUGAUUGUCGACCCGCGCAACCUGGAGUGGAUGAGGGAAGCUAAUUGUCCUGUUGUAGCAGAUGUUACACAUUCAUUGCAGCAGCCUGCUGGGAAGAAGCUGGAAGGUGGAGGUGUUGCCAGUGGAGGUCUUCGUGAAUUAAUACCAUGUAUUGCAAGGACAGCAGUUGCAGUUGGGGUGGAUGGAAUCUUUAUGGAGGUACAUGAUGAUCCUCUAAAUGCUCCUGUUGAUGGUCCAACACAAUGGCCUCUUCGCCACUUGGAGGAGUUAUUAGAGGAGCUCGUGGCAAUUGCUAGGGUGAGCAAGGGGAAACAGGCAUUCACAAUAGAUCUCACCCCUCUUCGUGAUGAGCCUUGAAAAUGCUCACAAGGCUUGGAAAUGUUGUCAAGUUUAGCACAUCCCCUACUGAUUUUGGUCAUAUCGCUGAUAAUGUGCAACUUAAAACUGCUUAGAUGGGAAAAGUCCCUCAUUGAUUAACCAUAUGUUAAAUUUUAUGAUCAGAUUUGAUCACAGCCAAUUUAUAUUCAAGUACUACCAUGAUUUAUUUAUUUAUUUUUUUAUGAUAACUAUUCACAUGUAUUUUAAAUAACAAAUAAUUUUGGUUCAUAUCUUUGACUUUUUAAGUA